UUUUCCUCCCUAAUUGGUUUGUACACUUUUUGAAGUGACUGAUUAAAAACACUGAGGAUUUAUGUUGGAGAACAGUGCACACAAAGCUUGUAAAAAUGUGUUUGUGGGAGCAUUUGAAUAUAAAUUUGCAUGUGUUUGAAGGAAGGUGACAAAGUCAGACUGUUAAUAAAAAUUACUUGGAAAAUGAAGUUGACAUUUUAUUACUUGUAAAAUUAGGUUAUCUACAGUUAUAUUCAAUAGUGACAGUUUUCCUCCAGUUAGUGGUGCCUGUUAACUGUUCCCUGUUAUAGCAUAUAACUACAGCAGUGUUGAAACACUUCUAAGUCGUGAAGUGACGCAGUCAUAAGCUAUAGUCAUGUGUGCACAUAUGCACUGUUUUGAACAGCAGUGUUGUAAUCAUCAUAUGACUGUGUAAUCUGGUUUUUUUUCUUGGGUGUAAGCUUUAGCUCCACAUUAAACCAAAACUAUCCAACUUUGCAUCUGUGUAUUUCAUGUUAUACAACAUACGUGACAGAACAUUUUAGACCACUUUAAACACAGUUCAGGCAGUUCUGUGUCACUGGUCAGCAGGAACCUUCGGCCCAGUUUGUUAGCGCUCACAGGCAGCGGAAGGUGAUUCAUUACUGCGUGAUCACUCAGGAAACUGAUUGGCUGCGACAAUCAAACUGUGUGAUAAUUGAAAGGCGGGAGUGGAAGAUUUUUCUCCCUUUCUCCCUUUCUUUCUGCCUGAGCUCGCCACUGUUUUGGAGCUGAGCUGGCCUAGAAACUCCAAGAGAAGAAAAGCCCCCCCUCCUCCCCUCACAAAGCCUUCUCACAACCCCUCUUCCCUCUGCUCCCUCUCUCUCUCGCUCCGUCUCCUCCCAGUGACAGCUCCUGGUGGGUUCUUUUUCUUCCUGUCUGCUCCCUCGCUUCCUUCACAUCCGUCCUCUGGGUUCCUGCCUCUCUUCUCUCCCUCUGAGGAUUUUAUCCCCAGCGGACUCUUUGAACACUUAACUUCAUAGUGAACCUUCCUUCUUGCAGCCGAGCCUCCAUCCAACGCUGCGAGGCUUCAUCCGAUUAACCGCCUCGGCUAUGUCGCCCCGAACUGGCAUCAGACGGACCCUCUGCUGCAGGGAAGUCCUUGUUCUGCCACUAAUGCAUGCUGUCUGUGGGAGCUGUGCUUAUCGAAGCGUAUAUACGUUUGCUCCAUAGGUUCUCUGCUGUGUACGGCGGAGCGUGUGUUGCCACUGAAGCGUGGUCAUGGGCUUUAAGGAGCCAGCAGCACAACACUCUGCAGCUAUCAACAGUCACGGUUCACUGCUGGAGGGACCCAACACUCGAUGGAUUCUGGAUAUUUAAUCAAGCCAGCAGUAACUCCUAAAAGUCUUUCUUUCUGUCAAGUGGAGUCUUUGUCCGGUGGACUUUGAGUUAAGUGGUGGACUUUGUUUGGGAGAAGAGUCCUGAGUGAUGAGUUCCCUCCCAGGGUCUCCCUCUGCCCGUCUCCCCCGGCGACGGGCGUCUCCAGAGGAACAAACUCUCAGAUAACCAGACGAACCAGGUUCAAGUGGCGCGCAUGCGUCUCCCGAGCAUGGAGGUCAUCCUCAACCUGAUCACUGCUGACACCUCUCCACUCCCCGCUCCCUCCACCAUCGACCGGCUGGAGGUGAGCGGUCUGGGCCAGACACCGCUGGCUGUGUCCUGCGGGGCCGACGGUUCGUUCCCGGGAGGGGAGGACGGGACCCCAGACCCUCAGCGCACCAAGCAGGCCAUCGCCCAGCUGCAGCAGAAGAUCCUCAAACUCACCGAGCAGAUUAAAAUCGAGCAGACAGCCAGAGACGACAACGUGGCAGAGUACCUCAAACUGGCCAACAAUGCUGACAAGCAGCAGAGCACACGCAUCAAACAGGUUUUUGAGAAGAAGAACCAGAAAUCGGCGCAGACCAUCCAGCAGCUGCAGAGGAAGCUGGAGCACUACCACCGGAAGCUACGGGAGGUGGAGCACAACGGCAUCCCUCGCCAGCCCAAGGACGUCCUGCGGGACAUGCAGCAGGGUCUGAAGGACGUCGGCGCCAAAGUCACGGGCUUCAGUGAAGGCGUGGUGGACAGCGUGAAGGGAGGCCUGUCCAGCUUCUCCCAGGCCACACACUCUGCUGCCGGGGCCGUCGUCUCCAAGCCUCGGGAGAUCGCCUCGCUGAUUCGCCACAAAUUCGGCAGCGCUGACAACAUCCCGUCUCUUAAAGACUCGUUGGACGACCCGUCGGUGGAGGAAGGCGUGACGGGGGCUGGAGGACGCUCCCUGGGCAGCGCUGGCCAUCACCUGCAGGCCAGCCCCAAGUACGGCAGCGAGGACGACUGCUCUAGUGCUACGUCAGGCUCAGCGGGGGCAAACAGCACCACGGGGGCCCCCGGAGGCCCCCCCAGCUCCAAGGGCAACACGCUGGAGAGGAGCCAGAGCUCCAGCCUGGACAUGCUGCUGCAGGAGAUGCAGGAGCUGAGGGAGGGCCAGGCACGGCUGGAGGAGAACCUGGAUGGUCUGAAGAGCCACUAUCAGAGAGACUACACGGUGGUCAUGCAGGCUCUGCAGGAGGAACGCUUCAGGUGUGAACGUCUGGAGGAGCAGCUCAACGACCUGACCGAACUCCACCAGAACGAGAUCCUCAACCUGAAACAGGAGCUGGCCAGCAUGGAGGAGAAGAUCGCCUACCAGUCUUAUGAACGAGCCAGAGACAUCCAGGAGGCGUUGGAGGCGUGUCAGACCAGGAUCUCUAAGAUGGAGCUGCAGCAGCAGCAGCAGCAGGUGGUCCAGCUGGAGGGUCUGGAGAACGCCACAGCCCGGACCCUCCUGGGGAAACUUAUCAACGUGCUGCUGGCCCUGAUGGCCGUCCUUCUGGUCUUUGUCUCUACUGUGGCCAACUGUGUGGUCCCCCUGAUGAAGACGCGCUCCCGCUCCCUCUCCACCCUCCUCCUCAUCCUCCUGCUGGCUUUCCUGUGGAGGAACUGGGAAGCUCUCUCUGGGUACACGCACCGCGCCCUGCAGCCUCCAGGAUGACCUCGCUGAAGCCUGCAUGUUGCUUCUGGUGACACCAGGUGAUGUAACUUUAACUGCGACCACGCAGGACGUCUGAAGAACGUGAUUGGCGUUAGAAAGGCUGCGUGGCCGCGCACUGAAGAUUCGGCCGGGCACAUUCGGACACAGAAUCCAGACGAAGAAACGGAAGAAACGGAGCUGAGAACGCUCGUGAUUGUCCUGAUUGUCAUUUUGGAAGGACGAGACUGUUUACAUUUUUUGAAAAUGAACUUUUGUGUUGCUGUUCCUCAGAAUGCAGCGUUGUACUGUUUUUAUCUUUAGAGUUUAAUCAAUUAUAAUGUUAUUAUUUCUAAUAAUAUUAUUUUUAUUUUUAAAUGUUAUUUUAUUCAGUACCAUGUAGCAUUUCGCUCCUCACGCUCUACAUGACGGGGAGCUUAGUCAGGGAACUGGGCUGGCGAUUUGCUCCAAAGGCCCAGUCCAACUGUAGAGACAUGCUAAUGUGAUAACGUGGUUGAUUGCCUUUAGGAAGAGAACUCUCUCCUAGCUGUGAUUGGUAGAUCUGAACCACGGCUGAAACCUUCCUGGGACUUGCUCCUUACUUGCUGUGAUGAAACGUGUUCAUACAGAACAUACUGAAGGACUGACCAUGGCCUCAGUGUCAUGAUGAUUAGAGACUUUUUGUGCUUCCUUACCAUUUCUAAUAGCAAAGAUCACAUGCUUUUACUUAUUUCCUUUUUAAAGUCAACAAGAAAACCUGUGUUUAAUAGGGGAGAUUAUAACUGAAACACAACAAGAGAAUGGGCCGGCUUCAGAGGGGAAAAGCUAGCGUGCUCACCAUAGAAACGGCACAUAAACACACAGAAAACAUCUGGUUAUUGUUAAGCAUCUGCCAUAUUUGCAACAUGUAAACAAUGCUGCAUGUUUCCAUUAAGAAAAAAUACAAAGGAGCCAGUUUUGUGUUUUAAAAGCAAUGACAAAAGGCCAUUGUCCGAGCAGAAUCAAUUUGCCAGGAUAAUUGUCUCCACCCCGCCAUAUUUGAUGUGAUCAGGUCAGGAAAGGGAGAGCGCUGGUGCUUAUCUCAGUGGAACAACAAGAAUGCUGCUGCUGCUUUCUAUCUACAGUGAAAGUCGUCUCCACUGCCAUGUCAGUUUAAUGCACACUGAUACUUAACUCUUCUUCAUCACAAUAUCUCCCUCAUAUUUAUUUCUUUCUUUGGCCGUCCUUCUUUUUCUACAAGUACACUCUCUCGGUGUGAUCACCCAGUGCCAAACCUUUGUCUUUGCACCCAAAGGGUCCAAGCUGAGAGGAGAGAAAGAGGAUGUUGCUUCUAUUCAGAUACGUCAUGAAUGUCUCACCUGGAUGAUAAGGAUGUAUCUUCUCACAAGUGAAAAAUCUACUAGAGGAUUCACAGUCGGAACAUGAACUUGACUCCUGAUCUCCGGUUGUUUCUGCACCUCGCCUGAGUUCAGCUCCUUGACUGGGAGUCCAGUCUUUCUUUCUCUCUCUCUCUCUCUCUCUCUCUCUCUCUCUCUCUCUCUCUCUCUCUCUCUCUCAUGAAGUCAAGGACACAACAAGAUGACCGAGCACAUUAAAUAGUUCGUUCUGCAUUUCAUGCUGAGAAGCUGAUUUCCUAACAGAUAGUGGGAUCAUUUGAACUGUACAGCUGCACUUUAGCACACGGCUAGAUAACAUCCAAGCCAGGCUGAGGCUUGAGGAACCUUUGAUAGAGGCUUCAAAGGUUGUCACUCUUAAGACAGUGGGCCUCAGAGGGAUGAGAGGAGCUGCCUCAGGUCAGGAUCACUGUCAUCCUCGUCUAAGAAUAAAACCCGCAGAGAGGAAUUUAGUUCAUUUCUCAUCAAAACGUCGAUAAACUUGACUGCUCUCGAGUUGAACAUGCAAUUAAAAUGGCUGAUUUAUUGAUUUCUUUUUUAAAAUUUUUAUUUUGCCAUUAUGGUUGCACCAGACGAGUUGAGCGUGAGCCGACCUUUGACCUCAGCUGGACCGUGCAGUAACACCUGUGAUGUAGGGUUGUGUGCUGAACCACUCUAGUGCCUUCUGAUGUCCUUUUCUAAGUGUGGAAUAAAUAAAGUGCAUUCCUGACUAA